UGAGAGGGUCUACUUCUUAUUUCUAUGGAAACAGGUCAGGCGGAGUAAAAGAGGCUUUAGGAUUGGUAGUUAGGGAUAGUACGGAGUCUGGUCUGUUGGAAGGAAGUAAACAAACGACUGGGGCGUAACAAAAUAUAAGUUGGAGCAGUAAAAGCGCCGGAAGUAUCGGAUGAAUGAAAGCUGUAUUACUUGAUUGUAUAAGUAGUCCAUGUGUCAGUUUUGAAGCAAAUGUAUUUUAAAACUUCACACUGCACAGUAUAACGUUGAUGGUAUAAUGUUUUCCUAUUGGCCGGAAGUGAGUGGAAAUAUCAAAAUGAGGAAUACAUUUAAAUACACGUUUUAGCUUUAUGUUUCUACACCGACCCUUGUAGUUGUGGAUUAUGCAGGUUGCUCGUGGUAAGGGAUCUGACAACACUUGGACAAAAAAAAAUAAACUGCUGAACCACAAUAGACAAGCUGGGGUAUUCACGAGUUCGGAAUCGCUUUUCUCUGUUGUGCAUGGGAGAAUGGAAUGAAAGUGCAAGACGACAUCGCGAAAUAAUGUUUAAGAACCUCUUUGCAGCGGGAUUCCUGGUGAGAACAGUUCAUACAGUCCUCACAUGGGCAGUGACGCUGGUGCUUUUUCUUCAUGAGACAGAUCUUCAGAAACAAGUGGAGAGAGGUGACCUUCUGCAGCCAGUGGUGUUUGUACUGCUGGUCCUUGUGUCAGUGCUGCUUUACUUCCUAGUGUCCCUCAUGGAUCCAGGAUAUGUUCUCACAGAUCCAGAGGUUAAGGUUGGAUUGAAUGAAGAGCAAGAAGAAAUGAUCCCUCAUGCCUCUAAAGCCAUAAGACUUCGUCGCUGUGGUUAUUGCACUCUGCAACAACCUAUGCGAGCAAAGCACUGCCAGUCUUGUCAGCACUGUGUACGUCGCUAUGAUCAUCACUGCCCAUGGAUCGAAAACUGUGUGGGGGAGAGAAACCAUCGGUUCUUCAUAAUCUAUCUAGCAGUGCAGCUUAUUGUACUUCUCUGGGGCUUCCAGCUUGGAUGGUCUGGGUUUUACACAUAUCCCACCUGGAAGGAGUGGCUGCAUCACAACAUCUUCUUAUUGGCUGCUUUUCUUUUAAUUACUAUUUUCACAGUUGUGGUAAUCCUGCUGCUAGUAUCGCAUCUUUAUUUGAUCUCUUGCAAUACUACCACAUGGGAGUUCAUGUCACGACAUCGCAUCUCCUACCUCAAACAUUGUGGACCUGAUGAGAACCCUUUUGACCAUGGAAUUGUACAAAACCUCUGGAUCUUCUUUUGCAUCUGCAGGAUUAUCAGCUGGGAAAAUAUCUACUUCCGAGAUGAAAGCAAUCCAGUUUAACACCAAGGAAUCAAGUUAUUUAUUGAAUGAAAAAAAUCAGUGUCCCAUUCUGGAUAAAUGGAGGCCUCCACUUCUGCACUAUAAGGUGCAUUUUUAAAAAGUGGAAUGCAUGAGCCUCACAUUGCCAUUACGAGUACCUCAUGUUCGGAAGGGAUGCUGAGAUUCCUAAGGCAUAACAGAUACAGUUUUAGUAAUGCUGCACAAUGGUGUGUGAAGCACACAGUAGAUGGAUCAGCAACAUUUUAUAAAGUGCACUAGAAGCAUGUUUUAGAGAUUGAAUUGGCAAUAUGCAGCACUGUAUGACAUGAUAGGAAAACUUCAAUUUCUGAAAGGUUUCAGUCAGUCCAAUAUUUCAUUAUCCUCUCCCAUUCCCUAGUCCCAGUGGUCUUAAUAUGACCAGGCACUUGUUUUCCAUGGGUUAAAUAUUUCUCAGAGACCACCAUGGUUACGUUAUUUCUGAGUAAUAAAAGCCAUAGUACUUAA